AUGGAGCAGCGGUUCGGGUUUUCGCCGGCGGAGGUGGCGAAAGUGAAGACGGUGCAGUUCGGCGUGCUCAGCCCGGAUGAAAUCCGUCGCAUGUCCGUCGUCCAAAUCGACACGAGCGACCUGUACGACCGCGGAAAGCCGCGCGAGGGCGGGCUGAGCGACCCGCGCCUGGGCACGAUCGACCGGAGCGUCAAGUGUCUGACGUGUCAGGGCAGCAUGGCGGAGUGUCCCGGGCACUUCGGGCAUCUGGAGCUGGUGCGGCCCAUGUUCCACAUCGGCUUCCUCAAGGUCGUCCUCACGCUGCUGCGCUCCGUCUGCCACAACUGCUCGCGCAUCCUCGCGGAUCCUAACGACUACCGGUACAAGAUGGCGCUGCGAGUGCGCAACCCGAAGCAGCGCCUGCGCCGCAUGUACGAGUGCUGCCGCACGCGCUCCGUGUGCGCCGCAGAUACGCCCCCCGAAGGCGCCGAGGACGGCGCCGACCCUGCCAACCCGGACGGGGAGGACUUUGACGACCCUGAGCGCAAGGUUCGGCGCGGCGGGUGCGGGGCCACCCAGCCUAAGUACACGAUCGAUGGGAUGAAGAUCAUGGCUGAGUUCAAGGCGCCGAAGCGGGGGAGGAAUGAGAUGGAGGAGGAGGAGCAGAUAGAACCGACCGAGAGGAAGCAGCAGAUGUGGCCUGACCGAGUGCUCAGCAUUUUGAAGCGCAUAACAGACGAGGAUUGCGAGCUUUUGGGAUUGAACCCCAAGUACGGCCGCCCGGACUCGUUCAUCCUGCAGGUGCUUCCAGUGCCGCCACCGCCCGUGCGGCCAUCCGUAAUGAUGAGCAGCUCGGCACGUAGCGAGGACGACCUGACCUACCAACUAGUAAUGAUCAUCCGGCAAAACGAGUACGUGAAAAAACAGGAGGCGAACGGCAUGGCGGCACACGUGAUAAACGACCAGCUGCAGAUCCUCCAAUUCUACAUCGCGACUUACUUUGACAACGACUUGCCAGGGCAGCCCAGAGCCACCCAGCGGUCGGGGCGGCCGAUCAAGUCGAUCUGCGCACGGCUGAAGGCGAAGGAGGGGCGCAUUCGGGGGAACCUGAUGGGGAAGCGCGUGGACUUCUCAGCGCGGACGGUGAUCACGCCGGACCCGAAUAUCAACAUUGAUGAGCUGGGCGUUCCGUGGAGCAUUGCGCUCAACCUCACUUACCCUGAGACUGUCACUCCCUACAACAUUGACAAGCUGCGGGAGCUGGUGGAGAACGGCCCGCACCCCCCGCCGGGCAAGACAGGCGCCAAGUACAUCAUCAGAGAGGAUGGGCAACGGCUGGACCUGCGGUAUUUGAAGAAAACGAGCGACCGGCACCUGGAGCUGGGGUACAAGGUGGAGCGUCACUUGGUGGAGGGCGAUUUCGUGCUCUUCAACCGGCAGCCCUCCCUGCACAAGAUGUCGAUCAUGGGUCACCGCAUCCGCAUCUUCCCCUGGUCCACCUUCCGCCUCAACCUCUCGGUGACCUCGCCCUACAACGCUGAUUUCGACGGCGACGAGAUGAACAUGCACGUGUGCCAGAGCUUCGCCACGCGCGCUGAGACGUCAGAGCUCAUGCUGGUGCCCAAGUGCGUGGUGUCGCCGCAGAGCAACCGGCCUGUCAUGGGCAUCGUGCAGGACUCGCUGCUGGGGUGCCGCAAGAUCACCAAGCGAGACACUUUUAUUGAGAAGGACGUGUUUAUGAACAUCCUGAUGUGGUGGGAGGACUUUGAUGGCAAGCUGCCCAUGCCGGCCAUCCUGAAGCCGCGCCCGCUCUGGACGGGCAAGCAGGUGUUCUCUCUCUUCAUCCCGCGCGCCAUCAACCUCGUGCGCUUCUCCGCGUGGCACCCUGAUGGCGAGGUGGGCGACAUGUCCCCCGGCGACACGGUCGUGCGAGUGGAGCAGGGCGAGGUGCUCUCGGGGAUCCUCUGCAAGAAGAGCAUGGGGAGCGCUGCAGGCGGGCUUGUGCACACCAUCUGGGAGGAGGUGGGUCCUGACGCAGCACGCAAGUUCCUGGGGCACACGCAGUGGCUGGUGAACUACUGGCUGCUGCAGCAGGGCUUCAGCAUUGGCAUCGGCGACACGAUCGCAGACGCGAGCACGAUGGAGACGAUCAACGAGACGAUUGCCAAGGCCAAGGAGGAGGUGAAGGAGCUGAUCCGCAAGUGGCAGGACAAGGAACUCGAGCAGCAGCCUGGGCGCACCCUGAGAGAGUCGUUUGAAAACCGAGUCAACCAGGUGCUCAACAAGGCGCGUGACGAUGCAGGGCGAGCAGCGCAGGCGAGCCUGUCGGAGAUGAACAACGUGAAGGCGAUGGUGACUGCGGGCAGCAAGGGGUCGUUCAUCAACAUCUCGCAGAUGAUUGCCUGCGUGGGCCAGCAGAACGUCGAGGGCAAGCGCAUCCCCUACGGCUUCGUCGACCGUACUCUACCGCACUUCACCAAGGACGACUACGGCCCCGAGUCCCGCGGCUUCGUGGAGAACUCCUACCUGCGAGGCCUCACCCCCCAGGAGUUCUUCUUCCACGCCAUGGGAGGUCGGGAGGGGCUGAUUGACACGGCGGUUAAGACGUCUGAAACGGGGUAUAUUCAGAGGCGGCUGGUCAAGGCCAUGGAAGAUCUGAUGGUGAAGUACGAUGGGACGGUGAGGAAUUCCCAAGGCGAUGUGAUCCAGUUUCUGUACGGCGAGGAUGGCAUGGACGCUGUGUGGAUUGAGAGCCAGAAGCUGGAUUCCAUGAAGAUGGACAAGAAGAAGCUUCUCAGAACGUACGCGUAUGAGGUGGACGAGCAGGGCGACGCGUGGGACCCGACAGACUACAUGCCGGCGGCAGCAGCGGAGGAGAUCCGAUCCAUUGAGGCGCUGCGGUUUGUCCUGAGGGCGGAGAUGCUGCAGCUGGAGAGGGACCGGCGCGUGCUGGGUCGCGACAUCGCCCCGUCAGGCGACGCCACGUGGCCCAUGCCCGUCAACCUCAAGCGCCUCGUGUGGAACGCGCAGAAGAUGUUCCGCAUCGACACGCACAAGCCGUCGGAUCUGUCCCCGCUGGACGUGAUCGACGCUGUGGAUAAGCUGCAGCAGCGCCUCAUGGUCGUGGUGGGCGACGACCCGCUGUCUAGAGAAGCCCAGGAGAACGCGACGCUCUUCUUCAAGAUCCUGCUGCGCUCCACGCUGGCCAGCAAGCGCGUGCUGCAGGAGUUCCGGCUGUCGCGCGAGGCGUUUGACUGGGUGGUGGGCGAGGUGGAGUACCGCUUCCUGCAGUCGCAGGCGGUGGCGGGCGAGAUGAUCGGGUGCGUGGCGGCGCAGAGCAUCGGCGAGCCCGCCACGCAGAUGACGCUGAAUACGUUUCAUUUUGCCGGUGUGAGCGCCAAGAACGUCACGCUGGGCGUGCCGCGGCUGAGGGAGAUCAUCAACGUCGCCAAGAAGAACAAGACGCCCGCCCUCACCGUGUACCUGGGCCCGCACGUCGACCAGACUGACCGCGAUGGGGCUAAGGAGGCAGCCAAGAACGUGCAGGUGGAGCUGGAGUACACGACGCUGCGCAGCGUGACGGAGGCGACGGAGAUCUGGUACGACCCCGACCCCAUGACCACGGUGAUCGAGGAGGACCUGGAGACGGUGCAGUCGUACUUUGAGAUGCCGGACGAGGGGCUGGACGUGGACAAGAUGAGCCCGUGGCUGCUGCGCAUCGAGCUCAACCGCGAGAUGAUGGUCGACAAGAAGCUCACCAUGGAGGCCAUCGGCGACAAGAUCUCCAAGGAGUUUGACAAGGACCUCACGUGCAUUUUCUCCGAUGACAACGCGCCCAAGCUCAUUCUGCGCCUGCGCAUUUUGAACGAGGAGGCGGCCAAGGGCGGCGCGGGGGGCGGCGCGGAGGGCGACGAGCUGAGCGCGGACGACGACGUGUUUCUCAAGGAGGUGGCGGGGAACAUCCUCACGGAGAUGUCUCUUCGCGGCAUCGAGGCCAUCAAGAAGGUGUUUAUUCGCGAGUUGAAGCACCAGCAGUUCCACGAGGAGAAGGGGUUCGUGACGCAGGCGGAGUGGGUGUUGGACACGGAGGGCGUGAGCAUGCUGGAGGUGAUGGCGCACGAGGCCGUGGACCCCGCGCGCAUCCGCAGCAACUACCUCAUGGAGGUGUUUGAGGUGCUGGGCAUCGAGGCCGUGCGCAACACACUGCUCAAGGAACUCAGAGACGUGAUUUCCUUCGACGGCUCCUAUGUCAAUUACCGGCACCUGGCCAUUCUGUGCGACGUGAUGAGCUACCGCGGGCAUCUCAUGUCCAUCACGCGCCACGGCAUCAACCGCAACGACACGGGGCCCAUGAUGCGGUGUUCUUUUGAAGAGACCGUGGAUAUUCUGCUGGAUGCUGCGAUAUAUUCCGAGGCUGACCGGCUCAAGGGCGUGUCGGAAAACAUUAUGCUCGGGCAGCUGUGCCCGCUGGGAACGGGCAGCUUUGAUCUUUACAUGAACGAGGCGAUGCUGAAGCAUGCCAUCGAGCUGCAGCUGGAUGCUGCGGCCGGCAUGGGCGGCAUGGGCGGCAUGGGGGCGGCGGCGUUCGGCAUGACUCCGGCGCGCUCCCCCGGGCCUAACGCCACGCCGUACCACGAGAUGGCCAUGUCCCCGAGCUACCUCCUCAGCCCCAACUUCCGAGCCUCACCCGCAGCUUCGGACGCGCAGUUCUCGCCGUACGUGGGAGGCCUGGCGUUCUCCCCUGGCCGAUCGCCCAACUACAGCCCCACCUCCCCCAGCUACAGCCCGCAGUCACCCGGCUACAGCCCUACCUCCCCUGCUUAUUCCCCCACCAGCCCCUCCUAUACCCCUGACUCCCUCACCUACUCGCCCACCUCCCCCAACUACAGCCCCACCUCCCCCAGUUACUCCCCCACGUCUCCCAGCUACAGCCCCACGUCUCCUGCCUACUCCCCCACCUCCCCCAGCUACAGCCCCACCAGCCCCAGCUACAGCCCUGCUUCACCCGCCUACUCGCCCUCCAGCUACAGCCCCACCUCCCCCAGCUACAGCCCCACCAGUCCCAGCUACUCUCCUACCAGCCCCGCAUACAGCCCCACCUCCCCCAGUUACUCCCCUACUUCCCCCAGUUACAGCCCAACUUCCCCCAGCUACAGCCCUACCUCUCCCAGCUACAGCCCUACCUCCCCCGGCUACAGCCCGACUUCUCCAAGCUACAGCCCGACCUCCCCCAGUUACUCCCCCACGUCGCCAGGCUACAGCCCCACGUCCCCCAGCUACAGCCCGACCAGCCCUGCCUACUCGCCGUCCUCCCCGCGCUACAGCCCCUCCUACAGCCCCACGUCGCCCGCCUACUCGCCCACCAGCCCUGGCUACAGCCCAACAUCCCCCUCCUACUCCCCCACCUCUCCAUCCUACUCACCCUCAGCCCCGUCUUACUCGCCUGCGCCCCCCACCUACUCUCCCUCGCCCGCCUAUUCGCCCACCUCCCCUUCCUAUUCUCCCACAUCCCCCUCCUACUCCCCCACCUCGCCCUCCUAUUCCCCCACCUCCCCCUCCUACUCGCCUACAACCGCCACUCCCUCUGCUGCCACUCCGUCUGGAGGUGCCUCCACCGCCCCCAACUACUCGCCAACGAGCCCUGCAUACACGCCGAGCGGCUCUGCCUACAGCCCCACGUCUCCCCAGUUCACCCCCACCAGCGGCACUCCCUCGAGUGCUCCACAGACAUCGCCAGGUGCAGGCAGCACUGCCGCCACUCCCAAGGAGGAGAGCUAG